UGCAGAGCAGCAGCAGUGAUUGGUGGGAGGGGGGAGGGAGCUGACGGAGCAGUCACUCCCAUCCUCACAGGAGUCUGUCCGGGCAGCAGGGCAGCACGGAGCCAUUCAUUCUUCUGCUGUGGUCCGGGGGACAAAUGUGGAGGAUGAAGAGGAGACACUGAGAGGAACAGAAGGAACAAAACCACAAACUUUACCCCCUGCACAGAGACACACAGAGGACAGAGGAGACUCCAACUUUGCAGGAUUUCAGGGACGAGUUGAAAUCAGAAGCGCGCAGGCAGCAACUUUUCCUGUUUGGAGAGGACUCUGACAUCAUUUGGAUUGAACUGAAGAUUCAUCUCUGCGGCUGCCACGACAUUCCACACGAGAGGUGUGUCUGAUGUGACGCCAGCGGGCUGGCUCAGGGAACACGACUUCAAUACGAUGUAGACACCAAAAACCAGACUGAAUAAGAGUCUGAACGCAGAGCCAACGGAAGGAGGGCGAGUCCGAGGAGGAGGAUCGACAGCUGUGCAGAAACAACAGAAGAUAAGAAGUGAAAGAAGGAGAAGAGGGAAGCAGCCGGCUGUGAAUCAUUGACCUGAACCUUGUGUUUACAGCGCUGUCACCGACUCCUUCCCUUCAAGUGUUCAUUUGCUCUCACAUCUACGCCGCAGAAGGAUCACAACCCUGAGCUCCUCGGUCUUUUAAAGGCCUCCACCUUUUUCACCUCUCAGCGCUGAGAGACUCCAGCCGCCGUCAGCAUGUGCCAUGUGAUCGUCACCUGCCGCUCCAUGCUGUGGACUCUGCUGAGCAUUGUGGCAGCGUUCGGAGAGCUCAUCGCCUUCAUGAGCACUGACUGGCUGGUCGGAUUCCCACGCACGCCGGACGCCGUCUUCGGCCCCCACGGGUCCACCACGGCCGGAGAGGCCUACAGACCCACUUUAGGCAUCUAUGGCCGCUGUAUAAAACUGCCCCACCUGCAUCGUGGAAUACUGUGCGGACCGUACGCCAUUCACUUUGGGGAGAUAGCCAGCGGGUUCUGGCAGGCGACUUCUAUCUUCCUGGCGGCGGGGAUCCUGCUGCUGUGCGCCGUGGCGUUCAUCUCGGUGUUCACCAUGUGCUUCCAGAGCAUCAUGAAGAAGAGCAUCUUCAACGUGUGUGGACUGCUGCAAGGGAUCGCAGGUCUGUUCCUGAUCCUGGGUCUGAUGCUGUACCCUGCUGGCUGGGGUUCAGACAAGGUCCUGCUGUACUGCGGCCCCGACGCAGCUCCGUACCGGGCCGGUCUCUGCUCCAUGGGCUGGGCCUUCUACACGGCCAUGGGCUGCACCGUGCUCACCUUCGUGUGCGCCGUCUUCUCCGCGCAGGCCGAGAUCGCCACGUCCAGCGACAAGGUUCAGGAGGAGAUCGAGGAGGGGAAGAGCCUCAUCUGCCUCCUCUGAAACUCAGACACUUUUUUUUUGGAAGAUGAAAGAAAAGGCCGAGAAACAGAGGCCCCCCCCUGCGAUGUUUACCACUAAAACUGACUCUUCUUUUUGUCUCUCUCUUUGUGUCUGUGUGGGAGAAAUCUACAAGUGCCAAGUUUUUCUCUGCGUCUUUGUCUUUCUGCCACUAGAGGUGCUGUGUCUGUAUCCGUGUUAGCCGUGUGGACGCCCAGAGAGGCUCCACACACUCUGUAAAUAAGUGUGAUUAUAUAUAUUUUGUAAAUAUCUUAAAAUGAUUGGUCAGCUUGAUCCAUGCUGGUGCUGAAGAUGUCACUCAAGCCCUGAAGACACGACCAGAGAACCUGGAUCUUUUAGCCACGAGUGAGUGUUGAAGAACUCAACAAGGGAACCACUACUCAGCCAGAAUAAACUACUCGCAGCAUCAGAGUGGAUGUCCUUUAAGAAGCUUACAGAAUGUACUGUUUAUGAAUGAUUUUUGCGUCUGUAGACCUUUUGAAAUGUACGGAUGGGAAUGAUUUCAAACACGGACUGCACAAGGAUGAGCGCUACAGUCCUGAAUCCUGAAAUGAAGUGAGCUGAAUCCUGACCUGUGAAGGGUCCGGUCCUCAUGCAGCAGACGGCCUGUGAUCUGUGCACAAAGACUCGGACUGAAUAUUGAGGACACACAAAUGAAGUAUUGCUGUUAUUAGUAACGUCUGGUUUCAGGGAGCGUGUCGAGUCAUAGAUAGUGUCCUAUCUGUUCCCGUUUGUUUCUGCCAAAUGAAUAAAGAAAAGGGAAAAAAGUGA